CAGACUACAGAACUCUACGCCAUCAAACAAAGGAAGAAAAAGCAAACCAGACACGAGAAAAAAUUAACUAUUUUACUUUUAAUAGUUGGGCUGAAAGCACAGAACCUGUCCAAUAAUAAUUUAGCCAGGGGCGUGAUUAUUAUAUCAGGUUUGAAAGUCACUCUUUUCGAUCAUUAUUUACGAUUUGCCGUCAGCUGAAAAAUAUAACAUAAACAAAAUGUCAAUAAACAUACGUUGUGCUACGACGGAGGAUUUGUUGAACAUGCAACACUGUAAUCUUCAGUGUUUGCCAGAAAAUUAUCAGAUGAAGUAUUACCUCUACCACGCGCUUUCUUGGCCACAACUUAGCUACGUUGCGGAGGAUGAAAAGCGUCGAAUAGUUGGCUAUGUACUGGCGAAGAUGGAAGAGGACUGCGAGGACAAUCCCCAUGGGCACAUAACCAGCUUGGCGGUAAAGAGGUCGCACAGGAGGCUGGGCAUUGCUCAAAAACUGAUGAAUCAGGCGUCAAGAGCAAUGGUGGAGUGCUUUGGAGCGAAGUACGUUUCUCUUCACGUUAGGAGAAGCAACAGAGCUGCCUUAAAUCUCUACACAAGCAGUCUGCAGUUUGAAGUCUCUGAAGUUGAGCCAAAAUAUUACGCCGACGGCGAGGAUGCCUAUGCAAUGAAAAGGGACCUGAGCAGUUUUCAUCAAGAAAAAAAUCAUGCGAAGGAUAAAAUCGCCAAAGAUGGCACAGCGCACACUCAUUCUGGUGGAUGCUGUGACUACGAACACUCUUGAAGAAAGUUUGUCUGGGUAUUUGAGACCAGCUACUAUCGGUUCUUGAGUCCCUGAAUAAUUCCAGUUCAAGAAUCGUGACGAACCGAUGUUACCAACCAAUCGUAAAAUCAUCAGACGUAAAAAAUUUUCUGCGCGCAAACAUUCGAUAGCUGCGACAUUAUUAUUACUAUUAUUAUUAUUAUUAUUAUUAUUUUAUUUAAUAGAAGAACGAAUAAAUAUUAUUGAAUAUACAAAAGUAAA